CUAGCUAGAAAGAGGUGCCACUCAUCCCUUUUGUUAUAAUAUCCUUUUUCUCCUAGUGAUCUAGAAAGAGAAACUGAAGAAAAUGGAGGAAAGAAGAGCUAGAUCUCUUAUGGUGAUUUUUGUGGUGUUAGGUAUGGCUGUCGGGCAGUCUGCUGCUUCAUUCGGCGGUUGCUACAAGAGCUGCUUCCUUAAAUGUAUAAUUACUCCUCCCGGUAAUUCUCCCAUUUCAUGUGGCGUUAAGUGCUUGAAAGAUUGCAUCAUUCCAUCAUCCCUCACCACUUCAACUGCCAAAGAGCAAACCCAUUACUUCUGCAACUUUGGUUGUGCUUCCUCUUUGUGCACCAACUUCAGCACCAAACAAGACCCAGGGGAAGAGAAUGUGGCAAAGUGUGUGGAUUCUUGCUCGACCAGAUGUUCCAAGAACUUCUCACCAUGAAGAUCUUAAGAGGAUUGAAGAUUUGUGGGUUGGUGUUACUAUGAAUGAGUAUCAGACAUUUGAAAAAUGAAUAAACCCAUGAUAGAUCUUGGAUUAAUUUGUGUUUGACUUCUCAUUCACAUUGCAAGUUUCAAGAAAAAGAAAAAUGAAGGAUUAUAUUAAUAAUAUAUUAGCAGAU